UCUCAUGCUUCGAUUCUACCUGCCCGACCUCCGUGGUCCAUUUUCCAAACGGAAAUAGCAGAAGAAUCGUGUAUUGAAUUUCAAAAAAAUAAAAAUAAAAAUUUCAGCCAAAACCCUAAACCCUCGUCAAGCGUGACCCCGAACCGUAACCAAACGGAAACAACCCCCUCCCACGAUGAUAAGAAGGGUUAACGUUAACGGCAACGGAGUUACCGUCCUCAGCCGAGCCAUCGGAAUAGGCGGCGGCGCCACCUCAGCCACUAACCAGCGGCUCCUUCAAGCGGGGCUCUACGGCACCACGGCGCACUCAAACGCCAAGUCCAACCCACAUUGGCUCUCGUCGAGAGUACUCGCCGAUCGCUUUGGCCCGUUCGCUCCGUCGUCAGUCCCAAAAGGCGUCGUCGGGACCAGGUUCAUCCAUUCUCUGGCCGAGGAGCCACCACGUGCGGAUAAAUUCUCCCCCAAAGACGUGGUUCUUUUCCAGUACGAAGCUUGCCCUUUCUGCAACAAAGUCAAAGCGUUCUUGGAUUAUUACAAAAUUCCGUACGAAGUAGUAGAGGUUAAUCCCAUCAGCAAAAAGGAGAUCAAAUGGUCUGAUUACAAGAAGGUGCCCAUACUGAAGGUUGACGGUGAAGAGAUGGUCGAUUCUUCAGACAUAAUUGAUAAGUUGUUCCAAAGGAUUCAUCCAGAUAACCCUGCCGUGGAUGGUGAGGAGGAAAAGGAGUGGCGUGGGUGGGUGGAUAAUCACUUGGUGCAUGUUUUAUCUCCAAACAUAUAUCGAACUGCUUCCGAAGCUCUCGAGUCAUUCGACUAUAUCACUACACAUGGCAAUUUCAGUUUCACUGAGAGGAUAAUAGCUAAGUAUACUGGAGCUGCAGCUAUGUAUUUUGUGUCAAAGAAAUUAAAGAAAAGACACAAUAUCACAGAUGAACGUGCAGCCCUGUAUGAAGCUGCAAAAACAUGGGUGGACGCGCUGAAGGGCCGGCAAUUUCUUGGUGGGUUGAAUCCUAAUUUGGCUGAUCUUGCUGUCUUUGGCGUCCUGAGGCCCAUCCGACACCUCAAGUCUGGCAGAGAUAUGAUAGAGCAUACAUGCAUUGGUGACUGGUAUACUCGAAUGGAAAGCGCAGUAGGAGAAUCUUCUAGAAUCAAGGCAGAAAAGUAGAAAAGAUUUGUUAGUUGGUUUGGACUUUGCUAUGGAAUCUUCUAGAAGCAAGGCAAUUUCUGCUUCGGCUAAUGGGGUCGUUGAUUCUUAACUCUCAGCUUGAUAUGCGAACUAAUAAAUUAGUAUUACAGGAAAUACUGAAUCAAAAUGAAAAAACUCCUCUUUUUUUUUUUUUUUUAAAGACAGGAGAAUAUCUGGUGGGUGUUGUCUAAUAAGUAAAUCGCUAUGAGGAUACUUGUUAUUGCUGAACA